CGGCGGGCGGCGCCCACUGACCUCGCUCGGCGGCCGGGCCGGGGCAGGGCCCGAGCCGGGAGCCAGCCCCGCCCGCCGCCCCGCCCAUGGGCCGCCGGCCUUCGCUGCCGCCCGCCCGGAGGACAGCGCCGAGGGGGGAGUCGCCUGAAGGACCGCGACGGCCGCGCCCGCAGGUGCGUUUGCACCCCGGGGACCUUAGAGACCUUCCCUGGCCCCCCGGAUGCCAGCAUGGCCACCGCGAACCUGGAGAACCAGCUGCACAGCGCGCAGAAGAACCUGCUGUUCCUGCAGCGGGAGCACGCCAGCACGCUCAAGGGCCUGCACGCCGAGAUCCGGCGGCUGCAGCAGCACUGCACAGAUCUGACGUACGAGCUAACACUCAAAAGUUCGGAACAGACAGGAGACGCCCCUGCCAGGAGCGGCGAGCUGCAAAGACGCUGUGAGGAGCUGGAGGCCCAGCUGAAGGCGCAGGAGGAGGAGAACGCGGAGCUGCUGCGGGAGCUGGAGCAGAAGAACGCCAUGAUCGCGGUGCUGGAGAACACCAUCAAGGAGCGGGAGAAGCGGUACCUGGAGGAGCUCAAGGUGAAGAGCCACAAGCUGAACAUGCUGUCCAGCGAGCUGGAGCAGCGCGCCGGCACCAUCGCCUACCUGACCUCCCAGCUGCACGCCACCAAGAGGAAGCUGCUCAGCUCCAGCGGGACCUCGGACGGCAGCCCGUCGGGGAGCCCCGUGGCCAGCUACAAGCCGGCCCCGCCCAGGGACAAGCUGCCCGAGACCCCCCGCCGCCGCAUGAAGAAGAGCCUCUCGGCCCCGCUGCACCCGGAGUUCGACGAGGUCUACAGGCUGGGGGCCGAGGGCCGGAAGCUCCUGCUGCGGGAACCGGUGGACGCCAUGCCCGACCCCACCCCGUUCCUGCUGGCCAGGGAGUCGGCCGAGAUGCACCUGGUCAAGGAGAGGCCCCUGGUCAUCCCCCCCAUCGCCUCGGACCGCAGCUCCGGCGAGCAGCCCGGCCCGGCCCGCGAGAAGCAGCACAAGGUCCACGUGGGUGUGGCCCACCGCAUCCCCCAUGGGGCCUCGCCGCAGGCCCCGCCCGAGGUGGAGACGCUGGCGGUCGACCAGGUGAACGGAGGCAAGGUCGUCAGGAAGAACUCAGGGACGGACAGAACUGUGUGAGGCCUGCCGGGCGCCCUUCACCCUUGGCCGUCCACGCACUGUGACCACCGCUAGGAAAACUCACCCAUCCACACACCUUUUUUUUUUUUAAUUUCCAUGCAUGCCAGAUUGUUCUCAGACCUGUCAACAGAUUAUCCCCACCACUCCACUUGCUCUCACACCAAAAUGCGAUCGUGUCCCUGCUGCUGCUGCUGCUGCAGACACUGUCUACUAACCGCCGUGGCCAGACACCUGCGUGCCGAAUGGCUUGCUUCUCAGCCCCGCUCGCGCCUCUCAGCGCGCUCGGCCGGAGCGCGGGCCACGGCUGCACGCUGCUGAGCGCUCGCGCGCUCAGAGGGCCGCACGCCCACUCCAGCGGAGCCACGCGCGUUUCCCGGACCGCCUGUGCGGGCGGCCCUGCUCCCGAGCCCCUGUAACCCCCUCGGACCUUCCCCAGGGCGGCGCCGUGACCGAGCGGCUGUGUGUGUAUGUCACAGGCACUAAAUAAGAUGACGUUUCUCCUUCUAUCACCACCACCUGAAGUGUGUUCAUAUUCUUUGUUAGUUUUCUCCAAAAUGUUCAAGAUCCCAACAAACUUUAUUUUCUAAACCUGC